AUGGCCUCUACUCAAUAUUUGUUCAUCCUUGCAAUCAUAGCAGCAAUUCUUGUCCCUUCAAUUUUGGCCACAGAGUUUGUGGUUGGUGAUGACAAGGGUUGGACCAUUAACUUUGAUUACCAAUCCUGGACUCAGGGAAAGGAGUUCCAUUUUUCAAGUAUAGAUCGAGAGGGAGCCCAUAAUGUUCUUAAAGUCAAUUCCACUAGCUUCCAACAAUGUACGGCACCCGCAGGAACUAAGGUCUUGACUAGUGGAAAUGAUGUGAUUACCCUAACAACCCCGAAAAGACAAUGGUACAUUUGUGGGGUUGCUAAGCAUUGUGAGGUUGAAAAACAGAGGCUUGUUAUAACAGUGUUGAUAAUUGGGACGUCUUUGCCAUUUCCCUCUCGACUUCUCCUUUUCUCUCCAAAUGACGACGGAUUACCAAAACGUCGGGCGAGACGUCCCAAUUAUCAAAAGAGUCGAAAGAAAUUUUUGCAAGAAUGUCUUACAAAAGGCAAACAGGAAUACACGAAGACUCGUAAAGUUCUUGGGCCUAUCGAGGCUGAAGCCAUACGUGAUCAAUGCAAUAAAGGGUGCAACGAUGCGUAUACCUUAUAUUAA